CCGCCCCUUCCGUCGUCCGACCGCCUCUAGUCGGCGACGGACCGCGGGCUCCGUUCAGUUCCUGAGCCUGGAGCGGACGGGAUGGCGGUGGGACGGGGCGCUCCGUGGCUGUGCGCCCUCCUGCUGCCGCUCGCGGCCUGGGUGGACGUGGUGCUCGGCGUGGCCCCGUGUGACGUGACCGAGUACCAGCCGGAGGACAGCAACCUCUGCUGCCGCCUCUGCCCCGCUGGCCAGUACGUCUUCAAACCGUGCAGGGUGAACCAUACCACCGGCGAGUGCCGCGUCUGUGAAUCGGGCACCUUCCUCGCCUUCCCUAAUGGCGAGCCUACUUGCCAGAGGUGCAUCCAGUGCCGGAAGGGAGACCAGGAGGUGGUGGCCAAGUGCUCCCCCACCAGCGACCGGCAGUGUCAGUGCAGAAAGGGGAGUUUCUACUGCAACUCUGUGGACUGCGUGGAGAACUGCCUCCGGUGUACAAGAUGUCCUGGCGUUGUCCUGUCACCUUGCAAUGCUACCAGCAACACGGUUUGUGCCACAGAAACUGAUCGAGGGCGUCCAGAAAACAAACGUGGGUCUGAGUUCCUCGUGCCGUGGGUGACCGUGAGCGUCAUUCUUGCCGUGGCCGUCGUCGUCGGUGUUUAUUGGUAUAAGAAGAAAGGUGUGCGGGUCUCCUACCAGCCGAUCGUCAGAUUGUUGAAGGGAAGGUCGGACGGGCCAGGCGGGUUCUGCUUGACGUCCCCCCCACCCCCGCCCCGGGUAGUGGCUUGGGAAGCCCCUGUGCAGCAGGCUUCUGUGACCAAGAGAAACGACUUUGCCCUUCAGCCACUGAGAAGCAACUCGCAGCUUGAGACGGUGCAACCCGAGGCGCCCCCGGCCCCCGGCACAGAAACCCAGCCCCAGCCUGCGGAGGAGGAGAGCCUGGCCUUGAUGCCCGAGGCCAGGCCCCACCCGGGGCCCUCAGGGGAGUCCGAGGAAAGCCCUGAGCUGCAGGCCUUGGUGGUCGGAGGAAGCCCGGUGGUCCAGGAGCAGACGUUAGAAGCCUCUGCUCCCGCCGCUCCGGAGCCCCAGGACGGGACCCAGGCGUCCCCUUCGCUCAAGAGUCUAGAGGAGCGAUACAAAAAGGAAUAUUUUGUCAAGGAUAACUCCAAAGAAGCUACCGCGACCAUCCAUUAUGAGUUUGUAAAGAGCAGCAUGGGAAACGACUGGAAGAUGUUCAUGAGGCUAAUUGGUCUGGAUGAGACAGACAUUGACUCUUGCGAAUGCGAGAAUCCAGGCAAUUUGAUGGAGCAGCGUCACAAGAUGCUCUUUACGUGGCGAAAGAAGCUGGGAAAGGAAGCUUCUGUUUUUAAACUCCUGGCUGCCCUCCAUAAACUGGGGCUUCAAAUGUAUUUGCAAAACAUUAUAAACAACUUAGUUGCCGAAGGUAUUUUAGGCAGGCAUGUAGGGACCUCCGACUAAAGUGAAGUUUUGGCGUUGGAUUGUGCCUUCAAGCAGGACUUCAAAUGGACUGGAUGUGAUCUUCUUGCCCAGGUCUAUCCUAUUAGGAAUUGUUUGAGUGCCAGGUGAGGUUGUGUGCGUUCUCUGAAUUGAUUUCUACGGAACAUUUCCAUCAGGGAGGUCAGUUUUACGUGCCAGUCGAGAGUGUUUCCCUGCAAGGGACCGGAGCUUCAGACACUGCCUGUGGGGACGUCCUGCGGGGACUGGGGAUUCUAGCAAGUUGUGGACUCUUGCCAGAGGGAUCCACUUACUGUGUCGAGUUGAUUCGCAUUCCUCAGCCCUCUUCUGGGUUCUGAGGCCAGGAGAGUUUGACUAUUUUUCUGCCAUGGCCUGCACCGGGUCCAAGUCACUGCGAUGUCCCCAGGACCUAGAACGGGGUGCCAUUGUGACUGAGUGCUCUGUGAGUGUGAACAGCUCAGUGACCAGGAACCUGUACCCGGCAGCUGUAUGAGACCAUCUCAGGGCUUCAGCCGGAGGCCUAGACCCCGGCCUGCUUUUUAAAAAAAAUUUUAAGGGGUGCCUGGGUGGCUCAGUCGGUUGAGCGUCCAACUUCGGCCAGCUCAGGUCACGAUCUCACGGUUCAUGGGUUCGAGCCCCACGUCGGGCUCUGUGCUGACAGCUCGGAGCCUGGAACCCGCUUCUGAUUUCUGUGUCUCCCCCUCUCUCUGCCCCUCCUGCUCACGCUCUGUCUCUCAAAAAUAAAUGUUAAAGAAUUUUUUUUUUUUAACGUUUGUUUAUUUUCAGAGAGAGCGAAUGACUCCAUGUUUCUAAGCUAAUCCGUGCUUAGAUUGGGCAGGUUGAAAGGAGGUUACGUAUUGUUUUUAACUCUAUUUCGUAAAAAACUGUUUAUUU